GCCUGAAUUCACCUGUUUGCUAUUGCUCGAGUUGCUUAGAGAUCACAAACAGCCUGGCCCCGAGAUGUGUGGCUGCAGAGCGAGCGUUCCCAGCACCAAGCAGUACUCGGUCAAUCAGCUGCCUCCUGCUCCCACCAAAACCAGCCCUUCGGCCACGGCAGCAAUGCCCAAGCACAUACCAAUAGCCAAGCAGCUGGCAUCAAUCAAAGCUCUAGGAAAAGGCUCAGACCUUGAAAAAGCUUUUGCUACCGCGGCUUUGGUGUAUAACAACUCUGCCGACCCCGAGGGCAAGCUCAGCAAAGCUGAAACCAAAAGCCUGCUGCAGACCCAGUUUGGGGGUUUCAUACGGGGCCAAGAAAACAAACCAAAAUACCAGGAAAUAAUUUCUGCGCUGGAUGAGGAGCUGGAGAACAAAAUUGACUUUGAAGAUUUCAUGAUCUUGUUAGUCAGUCUCACUCUAAUGUCUGACCUGCUGCAGGAGAUCAAAAAUGUGAAAACCACAAAAUGA